ACACUACUGUUUUUAAGUGUCAAGCAACUGCAGAUGUUCAAACAUUGCACAUAUUCUUAGAAACAGUGGUUUCCUACAUAGCUAAAAGGAAACUGUUUGUUUCAGGAAACACUGACUACAGUCAGCUGCUGCUUUUGCAACCGAGUUUGCAGCAACAUGUCAGAAGAGCACAGUAAAACAAUAGCGGUUGACACUGCCUUUCUCAGGUCUACGAGGGGAAUCCUGAAACUGGCAGAGAUGGUGACUCUGUUUGUGGCAUUUGUGUGUUUCACCGUUGCAUCCAGGCCGAAGUACAUUGCAGCCACAGCCCUGGACUUUCUGAUCACGUUACUUCUGCUGUUGCUGUACACACUCAAACUGAACAAGAGGCUCACUUUCUUCUUCUGGCCUCUCAUUGAUGUUUUCAACUCAGUGUUUGCGGCUGCCUUCUUGGUUGUCUUGAGUCUGAUUGCCGUGUCUACUUACACUGUCAAGGGCACACUGGUCGGAGGGGUAGUGGGUUUCCUGUCAGCGGGACUGCUGUGUGUGGACAGCUACAUGCUGUUCAAGAACAUCACUUUCAACAAGCCAAGAAAUGAAAACAUGAAUCAAGGACAUAAAUGAAUAAAUGAAUGAAUGGACGAAUGAAUGGAUGCAUGCAUUGUCAAAACCCACAUCAUCUUUUAUUUCCAGCUCAUAUGCAUGUGCACUGUUUAUCUAAAUAAUAAAAUGAAUGCGAGGCUAUCCUGUAUUG